AUGGAUCUGCGAGAGGUUUUCAGAGAGCGCCACUUUGCUGCUCAGAAACGCGCGCUUCAACGCGAGAAAAGAGAGAGAGAGAGAGAGAGAAAGAGACGAGAGAGAGAGCGCGCGCGCGAGCGAACACUCUUUACCGACGGAAGUUUCUCUCCUUUGCUCUUUCUCUCCGCCAUUACCGCGAGGAAUUACCCACCACACGGAAGACGGAAUAUUCCUUUCUCUCGUGUACGAGGAAAACAGAAAAUGUUUUCCCUGGGAAACCUGCAUCAUGAAGACGAAGAGGAGGAGGAAGAACCACCGACGCCGAUGAACGCGUCGCUCUGGCCUUCCUCGAAUACGAAUAACAAUAAUAACAACAAAAUCGGAUCGAGAGAGAACGCCAAGGAGAGGAGUGGUGCGAAGAAGAACAACCAAAACCAAUCGAACAACAACGGGAUGUCGACGUUCGAUUUCGACGUCGAUGUGCCCGGGGAUUUGGAUUGGUUGGAUGGGUUUUUGCGAGUCGAAGACGACGAAGACGAGGAGGAGAACGAAAAUCAAAACGCGGAUCAAGCUUGGGGGGUGGGGAAAGGCGCGGCGUGGAAGACGGAGGCGAUAAAAACGACAGGAGGGAAAUCCGGCGUGAAGAGAGGGAGAGAUGUGGCAACGGCGUCCUCGGCGGAGAAGAAGAAGAAGAAAAACGCGGCGAGCAACGACGACGACGAAAGCGGCGAGAAUAAUAAUAACAACAACAACAACGGGAAGAGUAGCACUAGUAAUACCAAUAAUAAUAACAACAACAACAACAACAACGCGGAUUCAGAUCGGUGUCGAUUGCGGUGGACGCCGGAGCUUCACGCGCGGUUUUUGAGAUCGGUGAAAACGCUCGGCGGUUUGGAUAUCGCCACGCCGAAAGGCGUCGUCGAGCUGAUGCGAGUGCAAGGGGUGACUAUUCAGCACGUGAAAUCACACUUGCAAAAGUACAGAUUACAAGAGCAGCAAAUGAGCAAAGCAACGUCCAACGCGCGAUCAAAGGCGUUGAGCAUCGGGGAGAGGAGUUUUUUGACGUCCACGUUUGUCGGGCUGCCUCCGAUAAUCGCCAACGAGGAGAAGGUCAUAGCGAAAGUCGCCUCGAUUAUGAACAAUCAACGACCCGGGGCGACUACUUCGCCUCCAAACGCCACCGCGAAUAAAAAUACUAGUAGUAGUCCUGAAGGUACCGAGAACAACACCGGCAAUAGAAACAGUACGCCAGGAGGAGAUAAUAGCGACGGUACCAUCAUGUUAGGAGUACCGCCACUGGAUGAGGAAGAGAAACGCAGACACAUCAAAGCCGCGCGAAUGGCUGUUUCGGCAAAGAGAAAGAGGGAUAAAGGUUUGCGAUUCCCGGACGAGGAUGUAAAUACCUCCGCGGAAUUGGCAAAGCUCGCGGCUGUGAAUAAAAAGUUGAUCCUUACCAACGACGUUCCCAGAGACGACAAUUUUGAGAAUAACAACGACACAGACGACGAGGACGUCUUCACGGCGGCUCUUCCUCACAUCUCGUCGCCGUUGAAGGCGCCGAUGAUGAUGAAAUCAGCUUUAGGCGGCGUUGGCGGCGGCGCGAAGUUGCCCGAAGACGUCUCGGCCGUGCUGCUCAGACAAAUCGAGAUGCAAAAACAACUGCACGAACAACUCUUGAAACAGCGAAAGUUACAAACGGCCAUCGAAGAGCACGGGAAGUAUUUACAGAAAAUCAUGGAGGAAUCUGCGACGGAGAAAACGUCCAAGUCGUAG